AUGUACGAAAAGCAACGAAAAGAAAAGGAUAGCUACGCAAAGGACACGGAGGAGCUACAUCUAGUCGAGACGGACAUGCACACGGUACCGAUGUCCGUAGGGUUCGCUUACCUGUUCAAUCCCUACACCAUCCUGAACUGCGUUGGACAGACGACGACCGUGUGGAGCAAUUUCCUGCUGGCCGCAUUCUUCUACGGGCUGUCACGCCGUCAGCGGUUACUUAGCUUUUUGGCGCUUGCUCUCGAAACACAGAUCAAUCUGUAUCCGUUCGUUCUGCUCGCCCCUGGUGCACUACACAUUGCCAACCAGGAGCUGAGGGAGAACGGGGGCAGCGCUGGCAGUCGAUUUCGUAGCAUAGCGAGCAGCAGUGUGUUGUUUGUGGCGCUAUUUUUAGGAGUUAAUUACUUCGGCAGCUUUCUGAUGGGUGGCGACUGGAGUUUCCUAGAUGCAACGUAUGGUUUCAUUAUCAACUGCCGCAGCUUGCAGCCUAACAUUGGGCUGUUUUGGUACUUCUUCACCGAAAUGUUCGAUCACUUCCGGACGCUGUUCCUGUACUCGUUCCAGAUCAACGCAACGCUGCUGUAUCUGUUUCCGCUCACGUUCAAGCUGCACAAGGAACCGAUCAUGCUUGCGACGAUGCUGAUCGCGUACAAGCAGCGGGUGUGUCUUGGGAACAGAAGCACAUUCAUUCACAUUCUUUCCUUUCCAGUCAUGAAGAACAAUUUUAUCGUCGGCGCGACAAUGCUGGUCACGAGCGUGCUUGCGCCCACCGUGUGGCAUCUGUGGAUCUACAACAAUUCGGCAAACGCCAACUUUUACUUUGGCGUGACGUUGAUUUUCUGCACCGCGCAGAUUUUCCUAAUAACCGAUCUCUUCUUUGGGUACAUCAAGCGAGAGUUCUGUCUGAAGCACGGCAUUCGUGUGCUCGUGGACGGAAAGGAGGCACGUAUUACGCUGGAGUAUUAAAAUGAAACAGUUUUAUCAAUCUACCUCCCCGCGGGGAGGCGGGUGGAUAAGAGCAGCUGUAAAGAAAAGCUUAGAACAAACAAAUAAAUUAAAUUACAUUUUUUCCCCACAAGGCAACCAAAUGGCGCACAUUUCUUACCGCUUUCUGAUGAACGAUAACGCCUAAUGUUGAUCACAAGUCUUAUUUAUUGUAUCCAAUAAAAAGCAUUUGUAUUUUUUC